AUGCACAAGUCCAUGAACGAGUUGCGAAAAUGGAGUUGUAAGUGCUGUGGUGACUGCACGAAUGGUGCGGCGAAGUUCAGCGUACCGAAGCACGUACAGAACUGCUUUCUGGAUCACAAGCACGAGAGCAGCGGACUUAUUGUCUCUUUAUUAGGUGAAAAUUAUAUUUAUCGAGGAGAUUUCUAUCACGAAUCGAAAGGCGAGCCACAUGUUGAAGAGCAAUUAGUGGCGAACAUCUAUGACCUCACCAAAUACAAUGUAGAAUUACACGAAAUAGUCAUAUUCGUCUCGAAGUCGCCAUGUUUUCAUCAAGACUGCGAUCCCAAAUGUGAAGUGGUCGACGAGUGCAAGAGCAACAAGGCUUGUGCCAAAUUGCUGGGACUUCUGCUGAGUAAGGUGAGGAGGUUUUUCAUCGAAGUUCUCAUGUACUUAUGUAAUGGAAAAGAUGGUUACGUAAUUCGUAGAACUUCUAUUUUGAGCUGCACCAUUAGAGGAGCUUAA